UCGACACCUACUUCAACGACAACUCUCGCAUCUUGACAACCUGCAAGAAUUCACGAUGCCGAGCCACAAGUCCUUCCGAACCAAGCAAAAGCUUGCGAAAGCGCAGAAGCAGAACCGCCCGAUUCCCCAGUGGAUCCGCCUGCGAACUGGUAACACCAUCCGAUACAACGCAAAGCGACGACACUGGCGCAAGACCCGUAUCGGCAUCUAAACGGCUCGCCCCCUCCUCUCUCGAUUCUCGUUUUCAGUCUCGGUCUCCUCAUACAUCAAAUGGCACGGGGAUGGAUUCCACGGCGGGGGAGCGGAUAUAGAUGUUGAGUUUGGGGUGGCGGAUGGAGUGGUGCGGACUUUUGAUGGUAUGAAGGAUGUUUUAACUGGUAACUCUGGCGCUUUGGGACUGAAAAUACACGUGAUGGGGGUUUUGCAGUGGCAAUGAAAUGCACCAGCUAAUCCGAUGGAUUAAGGAUAUUUGAUUGUGAAUGGUGCUGUGCCUUUUCAGUCUUCUAGCCGAACCAUAACCCUUCUAUUCG